AUGCCAAAUAUUAUAAAUGAAAUUAAACUUGAUUUCAAAGAUGUUCUCCUGCGACCUAAGCGAUCGACAAUUAAAAGCAGGAAUGAUGUGAACCUCUUUAGAAACAUAACUUUCAGAAAUUCCAAACAAACUUAUAAUGGUGUCCCUCUUAUGGCGUCCAAUAUGGACACAGUUGGAACAUUUCGAAUCGCCAAAGCAUUAUCGAAGCAUGGACUAUUCACUUGUAUACAUAAGUAUUAUACUGUCGAAGAAUGGAAAGCAUUCGCCACUGAAAAUCCGGAAUGUCUGAAAAACGUGGCAGCGAGUUCGGGAAUGGCGGAAGCCGAUUUCGUCAGGUUGUCCGAGGUUCUCAAGGCCAUUCCUGAAGUGCUCUUCAUUUGUCUGGAUGUCGCCAAUGGGUACUCACAACAUUUCGUUGAUUAUGUCAGAAAAGUCAGGGCCGCCUUUCCCACUCAUACCAUAAUCGCUGGAAACGUGGUAACAGGAGAGAUGGUAGAAGAACUCAUAUUGUCUGGUGCUGAUAUAAUCAAAGUCGGUAUCGGACCGGGAUCAGUUUGCACCACUCGUAUGAAGACAGGGGUGGGUUACCCGCAACUUUCUGCUGUGAUAGAAUGUGCUGACGCCGCCCAUGGAUUGCAGGGGCACAUUAUAUCAGAUGGAGGAUGUACUUGCCCAGGUGAUGUGGCCAAAGCUUUUGGAGCUGGAGCCGAUUUCGUGAUGGCUGGCGGAAUGUUCUCUGGUCAUGACCAGUGCGACGGUGACAUCAUCGAGAAAAACGGGAAAAAGUUCAAACUUUUUUAUGGCAUGUCUUCCAGUACCGCCAUGCAGAAACAUGCAGGUGGAGUAGCAGAAUAUCGAUCUUCCGAAGGAAAAACGGUGGAGGUGCCGUACAGAGGCGACGUGGAGAUGACUGUGCUGGAUAUUUUGGGGGGGCUGCGUAGCGCCUGCACUUAUACAGGGGCGUCGAAAUUGAAGGAACUGCCGCGUCGCGCCACGUUCGUUCGGUGUACUCAACAGUUGAACACGAUUUACACUUGA